AGUCGCCUCCAGGGGCGGACUGACAACUCAUGGGGCCCCCGGGCAAUAGGGGAUCAUGGGGCCCCUGUGUCCUUGCCAAAACUAAAAAAAGCCUAUGAAAAAGGUACCAGGGGCAUCUCAUGGGCCCCCCUACUGACCCCGGGCCCUCGGGCAGUGCCCGAGUUUCCAAAUGGUCAGUCCACCCCUGGUCACCUCAAUACCAGCAUGUGUCUCAAUUUCCAAAUAAUUAUGCAAACAAUGCAAUCAUUCUGGGGUGUCUACUCUCCAAAAAGGGGGUUAUUUUGGGGACCGGGGUGGUCCAAAUACACUGGAUACAAAUGGAGAAACAGAAAAAGGGUGCACCGAACU